UAUUAUAAACAUUAAAAAGUGGAUUAACAAUGUUGUUAUUAAUUUUAAUGCUAAAUUUUAUAGAAAUAUUUGCCUCAAAUGGUGAUAAAAUACUCAAAGAAUUGGGUGAAAAACAAUAUUUAACAAUAGUUGAAAGAUCAAAUUCUCCAAUUUAUGGCACAUGCUGGCACAAUGCAUUAAAUAAAUUAAAAGAAAAUUGUGAUAAUUUAGAUGAAAUUGAGCGUGUAUUAUUGACUCUACGUAUGAUAAAUUGUUUUCUAGAUGAAUCUGGUCAUGAGACAUAUGAUUGUCAUGAAAAAAAUACAGAUUAUGAGAGAAGAAAAUGCAUGGGUAAAAUGUCAAAUCGUGCAUUCACAGCAUACAGUGAAUUUUAUACUCAUACAACAACAACAUGUUAUUAUAUUAGUUAUGAAAUGAGACAAAAACAAAGUGAACAAGCAUUAAAUAAAUUACAUGAAACAUCAUCAAUAAUGACUGAUAAAAUAAAUGAAGCAAAUGUCAUACAAAGUAUGAUGAUGGAAAGUCAAAAACAAGCAUUAAAAUUACAAAAUGAAUUAUAUGAUCAAGGUAAAAAAUUAGAAACAACAAUUAAAUUAUCAGAAGCAUCUGUUAAUUCAAUGGUUACAAAAUUUGAAGAAACAUCACAAAAACAACAACUAAUGUUAUCUGAAAUAUUUAUGUAUAUUAAAACAUUUCAAGAAUGGAUUAUUGGUGAAGUAUCAUGGUUUCAAUCAAUAUCAUAUUUUUUUAUAGCAUGUAUUAUUUGUGGUUUAUUUAGUUCAUCUAAAAAAACAUCAAAUGCUAGAAUGCCAUUAUUUAUUAUUUUAAGUGCUAAUGUUAUUGUUGAAAGAAUGCUUGUACAAUAUUGUCAUAAUUUACAUGAUAAUGAUAAUUUACAAAAUUCUAAAAUACAUGUUGGACAAUUGACAUGGUCAGUUAGAUAUUCAGCAAUUUUAUUAUGUGUUAUUAUAUUAAUAUAUUAUUAUUAUAAAUAUCGUGAUGUUCAGUAUGAAAAUAACAGAGCAUUAUUAAGAAUUGAAGAAAAAUUAAAUAAAAUGGAUAAAUCUUGUACAAGUAAUAUGGAAAUUGUUGAAAAAAUAUGUCAUUCACCAAAAUAUAAAAAAGAAAUUAUUAUAUUUGAUGAUAAUAUUAGGAUAAAUAAUAAAAAUAAUCAUUAUUUAACGAGAAGUUGUGUCAAGAGACUGAAAAAUUAA